AUGCAAAUUCCGUCCACCAGACCUAGAUGCCUGAGAAGAGCUCCAAACGAAAAUGCACCUUUUCGACUAGAAAUUCUCCAGGUUUUUGGCAACAAGGCUAUGCGAAUUUUGUAUUGCGUCUCCCUCCCGUCGGCCAUCAACUCAAUUAUGAAACCAUUGUUUUGUGUGGACAACCUGGCACAGGGCGGUCUUGGGUACAUUCGUCAUCUAUCAUACAAAAUAACUCGGUUGUCCGAUGCCAGAAGCUCAUUUCGGCAGGCAAAUUCGGCGCUUUUUUCCCAUUGCACAUAA